AUGGCUAGUCCUACCGUACUCGCUUUCGAUGCCGAGGGCCGUCCAGUGAAGUUCGAAACCUGGCUAGAUGACCUGCACCUGUUCCUACAGCUCACUGCCAAGGAAGAUAUCUCACUGUACGACCACGCCCUAGGCCAUGCCACUGCCCCUGACUCGUCUGCUGACAGCACUCUGCGUUCCCAGUGGCAGACCCGUGAUGCGCACGCUCGCUUUGCUAUUCGCAACUCCCUGCCGCUAGACGAGCGCGAGCACUUCGGCCAGUGCAAGACUGCUAAGGACCUCUACACCGCUGUAGUUGCCCGCUACUCCUCGCCAGCUUCUGCCACGCUAGGCCGCCUCACUCUCCCCUACCUGUUCCCCGACCUAGCCUCCUUUCACACUGUCGCAGACCUCAUCACCCACCUUAAGACUAGUGAGGCCCGCUUUCGCGCUGCUAUGCCUGCCGAGUUUCUCACUAGCAACCCCCCCCCGCUCUGGAUCACUCUCUACCACAUCGUCACCCGCCUCCCUGACUCUCUGCGCGCAGUCAGGGACCACUUCCUCUCUCGCUCCCCCACUGAGCUCACUGUUGCCCUCCUCGAGAAGGAACUACUUGCAGCUGAGGCGAGCAUCGUCGCUGUAGGCACCUCUCGUGGCGACCCCCGCACCCCGUUCUUUGAGGGGUGUUCCCCUUCCCCUCUCCUCCCCUCUGUCGCCUCUGCUGCUGCUGUCGACCUCCUUGGUGCUGAGAAGGUCGGGACCGCGUCUGCUUCGAGCGGGCGCCGCAGGAGCAAGGGGGGCAGGGGUGGGGGUGGCGGCGGAGGAGGUGGGGGUGGAGGCGGUGGGAGUGGAGGCGCGGCUGGGGAGACUAGUGGCGGCAGUGGGGGAGGAGACAGCAGCGGUGGGAGUGGUGGCGGAGGCGGCAGCGGAGGCGGAGGUGGUCGUGGCGGCGGCAGGGGUGGAGGUGGCCGGGGCGGCGGCGGUGGGGGUGGUGGUCGUGGAGGCACUGGCGGAGGACAGAGUCAGCAGCCCGCCCCGACACUUCAGGCCGCCCGUGAGUGGUAUGCGCAGCGUGGCUGUACCUGCACGUACGUCAUUCGCACAGGUGACCGCAGCGGCCAGCAGUGUGGGAGGCCGCACCCCACGCAGCGCUGUUUCGCGCGCCUUAACGACGCGUGGCGCACCCAGUUUCCUGCUGCCACUGAGUUGCCGCGCUGGGCUGAUCUGGAAAAGAGGGGUGUUGAUAUUUGGGCUCUAGACUUUGAUGCUAUUCUCACUGCCAUGUAUGCGAUGUCUAUUAGUGGAGAGAGUGCUCAGUACUUGCGUGUUCCGCCCGACCCGGGCAUUCAGGCCAGUCCGGCUGCCGCUCUAGGUGCUAGUGCGUCCGCUCCCACAGGUCCUGGUGAGGCUGCUGCCCUAGGUGCUCGUGCGUCUGUGCCCCCUGGUACUGAGUCGACUGCAGCACUGCACACCUUCACACUGGACUCAGGUGCUUCUCGCUCUUUCUUUCAUGACCGCACUGUCCUUGAGCCACUCGCUCGGCCAGUUGCUGUCUCCCUUGCUGACCCCUCUGGGGGUCCGGUCAUUGCGACCUCCUCCACUGUCCUUCCUUGUCCUGCGGUCCCGUCCGGCACGCUGUCAGGUCUCUACCUCCCCUCGUUCUCUACGAACUUGGUGGCAGGCCGAGAGCUCCAGGACGGGGGUGUUCAUCAGUUCACCCCUGCCUACGAGCACGUGACACACUGCACGUGUGCUCGGACGGGUCGCCACCUGGCUACCUUCACUCGAGAGCCGGGGUCGGACCUUUACACACUGACCACUGAGUCCCCUCAGGUAGCUGCGUCCGCGUCUGCGUCUGCGUCUGUGUCAGGUCAGCUGUCCGCCCCCUGCUCGUGUCGCUCUCUGGCACAUGAGACUGUCCUUUGGCACCACCGCCUUGGUCACCCGUCUGUGCAGCGCCUUCGGGCCAUGCACCAACGGGACCUUGUUGCUGGGCUUCCCAGGGUACUCCCUCCCCUUCCAGACUCGCCUGCUCCUCCCUGUAUUCCCUGUGUCGAGGGGCGGCAGCGCGCCGCUCCUCAUUCCUCCUCCUUUCCCCCGACGACUGCUCCUUUGCAGACGCUCCCUGAACGUGUGGGGCCCAGCCCGCGUCCGUGGCCAGGAUCUCGUCUCCAGCUCAGUGAGCGUUUCCGCUCCGACUUCCCUGUCCUGCGUCUGCACUCUGACAGAGGUGGGGAGUUUUCCUCUGGCCUAUUGGAGGCCUUCUGUCAGCAGGAGGGCAUUGAGCAGUCGUACACGCUUCCGGCCUCUCCACAGCAGAAUGGGGUUGCUGAGCGCCGCAUUGGUCUGGUCAUGGAGGUCGCUCGUACCUCCUUGAGCCAUGCGGCUGCCCCCCAUUUUCUGUGGCCGUUUGCAAUCCGAUACGCUGCGCAUCAGCUCAACCUCUGGCCCCGUGUCUCCUUGCCCGAGACUUCUCCGACACUGCGUUGGACGGGAGAGGCUGGCGAUGCGUCACGUUUUCGGGUCUGGGGAUCCCGAGCUUUUGUCCGCGACACGUCCGCGGACAAGCUCUCCCGUCGCGCUGUCCCCUGCGUCUUCCUUGGCUUUGUCCCGGACGCCCCUGGCUGGCAGUUCUACCACCCCACCUCGCGUCGUGUCCUGGCCUCUCAGGACGUCACUUUUGACGAGUCCGUCCCCUACUACCGCCUCUUCCCCUACCGCACUGCCCCGCUCCCCCCCCGCCUCUCUUCCUCGCUCCAGGUAGACCCGGGUGAGCCUGUCGAGGUAGCUGUUGACUCUCGUCCUGCUAGGGGUGCUGAGCCUGGGGGUGCUGCGUCUGGGGGUGCUGAGCCUGGGAGUGCUGAGUCUGGGGGUGCGGAGCCUGGGGGUGCUGAGCCUGGAGGUGCGGAGCCUGGAGGUGCGGAGCCUGGAGGUGCUGAGCCUGGGGGUGCUGAGUCUGGGGGUGCUGAGUCUGGAGGUGCUGAUCCUGAGCGUGCUACACCUGGAGGAGCCCUCUCCUCCCAGCAGCUGCAGGAGAGGUACCUCGAUCUUCGGAGUGGUGCUCCUGGUGCUGCGGACCCUGGGGGUGGCGCUGCUGCUGGUGCUGAGGACCCAGACGUUGGAGCUGCUGCUGGUGCUGAGGACCUGAGCGGUGGCGCUGCUGCUGGUGCUGAGGACCCGGACGUUGGAGCUGCUACUGGUGCUGAGGACCCGGGCGUUGGAGCUGCUGCUGGAGCUGAGGACCCGAGCGGUGGCGCUGCUGCUGCUGCUGAGGACCCGGGCGUUGGAGCUGCUACUGGUGCUGAGGACCCGGCCGGUGGAGCUGCUGCUGGUGCUGUGGACCCGGACGCUGGAGCUCCUGCUGGUACUGAGGACCCGGCCGCUGGAGUCUCUUCUGCUUCUGGAGACGCUGCGCGGCCGCGACCUCACAGUUACCGCCUACCUCGCCUCUCCCUGCUCCCUCUCCUUACACUGGUCCCACAGGAGGUCUUACAGAGCGUCGUGAGCCUGAUUCUCGUCCUGCGUCGCCUGUUCGUCCUGCUCGCACUGGUAGUCGUGUCCGUCGUGAGCGUCCUCCUCCUGUCCAAGGCACUCACUACAUGA